GUUCGUUUUCUAGGCCCGCUUCUUUUAAAGUGUAAAGUCAGUAAUAACACUUUAUAUGGUAUCUUUGUAGAUUCGUGUGUAUAUAAUACAGAAUGUCAAAAUGUUGAUUGUUUGCAUUUAGAAGUUUAUCCUGUUAAUUGAUAAGGUGAUUAUCAAAGCUCAUUGGUAAUGGCUUCCAGUGCUCGCCAUGAUUCGUCGUCGCUACCCGACUUGAGAUUUCAAGUGUGUAUUGUAGGUGAAACUCUGAAGCAAAAUGAUGCAUUAAUCAAAUCUGUAGAGCAUUUUGAUCUACCAAUUGUAUAUAGUUCAAGUGGGGUAGAAUUUAUAAAUCAAGGUGCAGAAUUUACAACUAUAUAUAUUUUGGAUGAAUUUGAGGGUGAUACUUAUACAUCACUUCACAAAGCAGGCCAGAGAAUUUUGGGUCCUACAACUGUGAUGCAGUAUGCAAAGAAGAACGAGCCUCUACCGAACAAUAUUCGACCUUUGUACACUACAUCUAUGAAGAAUCUGGUCAUAUCAUUUUCUGGUUUUCGUGUUAAAGAAGAACUGAAUGCCAUGGUUGUCUUAAUACAUCAUAUGGGAGGUACAAUUCGGAAAGAUUUUAAUAUAUCCAAGACAACUCACCUGGUUGCAACUUCUGCCGCUAAAGGAGGUGAAAAAUACAAAUAUGCUGCAAGUUUUGGUGUUCCAAUCAUGACAUCGGAAUGGAUUUAUCAGACAUGGGCUCGAAGACGAGAUGCUAACUGUAAUGCAACAGAUGAUGAGUUGAUGCAAUAUAAACUGUUACCUUUUGCUGGCUGCAAAUUAGCAUUCAUAGGAUACCAGGGGGAUGAAGAGAAGCAUAUGAUUGAAGUUUCAGUUAAAAAUGGUGGUGAAGUGGUUCAACCUACUGAUCCAUCAUGUACUCACAUCGUGGUUGAAGAUGGGAGUUCUGUUAAUUGUUCGGAAUAUGACCAUAAAGUUCACAUAAUAAAAAAUGAGUGGUUUUGGGCAAGCAUACAAAUAGAAGCUAAAGCAGAGGAAAGAAUCUAUGUUUUUCAAAAUCCAAACACCACAACUUCCUCUUCAUCAUUUAUAAUGCCUGUAAGAGGUAAUAAACGCAAGAGACUGGAGAGUGUUGCACGUCAGCUUGCUGUUGAAGGUUGUGAUUACUUCUCUAUAAAUUCAGACGUUAAGAGAAAAUCCGACAUUACUGGAAAAAUGUCUUUAAGUGGAUCGUACUUGGAUGCUACUCUUUCCCCGGAUAAAUCUCUUGAUAUAUCAGCUGAUGCCAGUUUUGAUAAAGCUUUGAUAAAAAGCCCACCACUAGAUAUGCGUACACUUACUGCAAGGCAGCAGGUUUGCUUUGAGUUAUAUCAAACAGAGAGCAAUUAUGUGGGAAUAUUGAAUACGAUCAUAACGGUUUUCAAGGAACCAUUGGAGCAUCCUGAACAAAUUGGUGGUCCAUUACUUGCCCCAGCAGAAAUAAAAAUCAUAUUUGGUAAUUUACUUCCCAUUUAUGAGAUUCAUCAACAAAUCAGAAAUGAAUUAGCAAACAUAAUCAACAACUGGAGUGAGGACCAUAGCAUUGGCAAUCUAAUUUUAUCCCAUGCACCAGAAUUUAUGAAAGCAUACCCUCCAUUCGUCAAUUUCUUUGAAAAAACAAAAGUUGUUUUAGCCAACUGUGAUUCAACAAAGCCAAGAUUUCAUGCAUUUUUAAAGCGCUGUCAAAGCAAGCCAGAAUGUGGGAGACAAACUUUACAAGAACUCCUAAUUAGGCCAGUGCAAAGGUUACCAAGUGUUAUAUUACUUCUAAAUGAUAUUUUGAAGCAUACAAGUAAAAGCAGUGCAGAUCAUGAAGCUCUGGAAAAAGCUAUUCAAGCUCUAAAAGAUGUUAUGAUGCAUAUUAAUGAAGAUAAACGUAAAACUGAAGGUCAAGUGGAGAUGUUUGAUAUUGUUAACGACAUAGAAAACUGCCCACCAAACUUGUUAUCAUCUCAUCGUAAAUUAGUUGCCAAAACUGAUAUGCAAGAAAUAACUGACUUGUUGCUUAAGAAAGGUGGGCCAAUAACAAUGUUCCUUUUCACAGAUGUUUUAGAGAUUUGUAAGAAAAGAAAUAAAGCAGCUUCAUCCUUAAAGAGUCCAGGUGUUGUAAGCAUAUCGGGAACAAUGAAACCACAAUCUAAAGGCUAUAAGCAUUUAGAUUUAUUACCUUUAUCUCACAUUAAGAGAGUUGUAGAUAUUACCGAAACUGAAGAUUGCAAAAAUGUCUUCGCAAUUGUUUCUUGGUCAAGUAAAGAACUGAAAGAACUCCUGUAUGCAUUUAUUCUUCAUGAUGAUAUCUGUAAAAGCACAUUCCUGCGUACUUUAUGUCGUCAAGUUGCCAACAGCGUAUGCAAAGCUGAUGCAGAAAACUUGCUGACUAGUCUGGAUCCACACCUUUUAGCUCUGCAGUCAUCGGAUAAUUCUGGGAAUGUUCUCACUAAAGCCUUUAGCAAAACUCGAGAUAAGCUUGGUAGAGCUUUAUCCAUGAGACGAACUCCUACAAAACGAGGUCUUAGCAGAGCUGUGUCUACUAUCAUAAGCCCCUUAAGAAACUUUGGAACUCCAUCCAACAAUAUGCAGAAUUUCAGAUUGUCAUCUGUUACAAACUUAACUCUAAUACCUUUCCUCUUAACUGAUGCAUUGCUUCCAUAUAAUCUACGACACAGGACUGAUAGCCCAGAUUCUGCCUAUGCAUCUUCAGGAAGAAGGAGCUUGAGCCGCCAACUCCCAGUCUUGCACCUUCACCAGUUGGAGGAAAGAAGAUGAAAAGUAGUUCCGUGGGCAUUUCAAUCAGCAAAUAGUUUGGAUGUUAGUGUAUAUGCUGCCUAUUUUUAAACAUUCCAAGUGUUGUUAAGCAAAAUUUCACAUAUAUUGAAGAGAUGAAAGUUCAUCACUUUGUAGCAUGAAAAUUAAUUUUUUAUUCAUAAAUAUAUGCAGUUUUUGUAGGAAAUCACUGAAAAUAUUCCAAGAUCGGUAUUUGCCAGCCGUUGUAAAUAUUCAGUAAUCAAAUUUUUCCAGAAAUGCAAACUGGAUAAUCUAAUCUUUAGUUUUUGAAGGCAGCUUUCUAAGAAUUAGAAAUUUUUUAUAUCUAAUAUUUCCUGUAACUUAUCAUGCAGAAUGUAAAUAAUGAUGUAUGUGAAUAUAUGAAAGACUUAUUUAUCACAUUUUAUUGCAAUUAACCUGUUAAAAAAAAAAAAAAAAAAAACAGUUUUACUAGAAUUUUAUCUUUUGAUAAAAGAUAGGAUUUGAAAAAUCCACUUGUACAGAAUUGAAUAUAGUUGUGAAUAUAAAAGAAUGUACUUUUUAUAUGUUAAUAAAAAUAUAUUUCAUAA